AGACAUGCCUUCUGGCAGGAGCUGUAGAAGACAGCUGUGUUUGGUGUGGUAUUUUUAAACGCAUCAAUGCUGCUCCAAUCCCCGCGCCUCUCCUGACCUAUUUUUAGCCAGGGCUGGCUAUUGUUCUAUUUCUGUCACCUGUGGGCCACGCAGUUGUUGAUUCACAUGCAAAUGAGGCUCACUCCCUCCCCAGCUUGCAUCGCAGCCUGCGUGAGGUGCUCAGUCCGCAGUACGCACGACUUUGCCAAGCAACUCUGCUUAACAUUUGCAGGCUCUCCUCCGACACGUUACUGAGAAGAGAAGGCAGGCAUAGGCAGGGAGGUUGACACUGUGUUAGUGUUUGGGUGCCGGCUGAAGGCAAACCGCCCAGCAGAGAGUGUGCACGCUUUGCAGUGAGAGUGGUUGCCUCGGAGGAGGAGGCGGAGGCAGGCUGUUGUGGCGCUCGCUCCCCCGGGUGGCCGAAGGGGUGGCUCUCUUGGUGACGGCGUGCGAUGAGACCCGAGUGCUAAGUGGAGUAUGCUGCAGACGAUUUACGAGGGCGAGUCAAGUUUCUCCACAACAGACGGCCACGUUGGAGCCCAGCCGCUCCCCAAUCACAGCAGGAUGCACAACGUGAAUAGCUCAGUCGAGAUUAAGUCAGACGUACCACUGGUUGUGGAACCCGUAUCUCCGCUAGACCUGCGCACAGAUCUGAGGAUGCUGGGGCCAGGCUCGGACCCGGGACUAUGGGAGAGGCAGCUGCAGCAGGAGCUACUGCUCAUCCAAAAGCAGCAGCAGAUCCAAAAGCAGCUGCUCAUCAGUGAGUUCCAGAAGCAGCAUGAGAAGUUGACCCGUCAGCAUCAGGCUCAGCUCCAGGAGCACCUCAAGCUCCAACAGGAGCUCCACGUGAUGAAACAGCAGCAGGAACUUGCAGCGAAGGAACUCCGUCUGGAGCAGCUACAGCAGCAGAACCAGCAGCACCAACACAACCAGCAGGAGAAAGAGCAGGAGAGGCACCGGCGAGAGCUGCACAUUUCCAGCUUGAGUCUAAGGGCAAAAGAGCGCUCCAGAGAGAGUCUCACAGGUGCAGUGGCCAGUACAGAGGUGAAACAGAAACUCCAAGAGUUUCUGUUGAGCAAAUCAGCAAAGGACCCUGCCAGUAAUGGCGGCACUCAUUCAUUCAUCCACCACCCCAAGCUCUGGUACAGGUCCUCCCAUCAUACCUCUCUGGACCAAAGCUCUCCACCUCUGGGCGGCAUGUCCCCGACAUGCCAUUACACUCUGCCAUCACCCGUUGAUGGCAAGGACGACUUCCCCUUGAGGAAAACAGCUUCCGAGCCCAAUCUGAAGGUGCGUUCCAGACUGAAACAGAAAGUAGCUGAGAGGCGGAGCAGCCCCAUGCUCAAGAGAAAAGAUGGCAACCUCAUGACACCUUACAAGAAGAGGGCACUGGAGCUAAUGGACUCUACACCCACAAAAAGUGCCCCUGGCUCGGGCCCCAGCUCUCCCAUCGGGGCGUCCAGUGCCUUGGGAGCAGAAAAUGGACCCUCCUCUUUGCCUACCACCACAAAAACGGAGCGAUGGCCUUCACAGCCAAGGUUAUUCCGACCAGAGAGCUCCGUGUCCGUGUUGAGUUUAUACACAUCUCCAUCCCUCCCCAAUAUCUCCUUUGGCCUUCCGACUGCGUCUUCACCUAUUAGCGCGGCAGUAGGCCUGAAGGACAGAUCAAUAGAGAGCAAGCAUGGACUGCCAGGGCAUCUCCUGGGUCCUGUUCCUCUUCAGAAUGGUCUGGAGUCCAAAGUGAGCCCCAGUCACCAGGCUCUGCUCCAACACCUCCUCCAGAAGGAGCAAAUGAGGCAGCAGAAGAUGCUUUCCACCGGCUCCUUGCCAUCCCACCCUCCAUCCCCUCUGGCCAUGAAGGAUCGCGCGUCCAGCAGUCGCCCAAAAUUACCCAAACAUCGGCCCUUGAACAGAACCCAGUCAGCGCCACUGCCCCAGAACACGCUGGCGCAACUUGUCAUCCAGCAGCAACACCAGCACUUCCUGGAGAAACAGAAACAAUACCAACAGCAGGUCCAUAUAAAUAAGCUGCUGUCCAAGUCCAUUGAGCAGUUACGUCAGCCUAGCACGCACCUGCAGGAGUCCGAGGAGGAGCAGGAGGAGCUUCCGCACCAAGAGCUGCCGGAGCGCAUGCAGGAGGACAGGCUGCCCCCCGGAGGAGUCAUCCGGAAGCACACGCUGGGCAGCUGCAGCAGCAGCAGCAGCAGCGGCGGCUCCAGCGUGGAGCUCCCCGACACACACUAUGGGGUCAUCAAGGUGAAGGAGGAACCCCCGGAUAGCGAGGAUGAGGGCUUGGAGGUGGCGAGGAGCACCUAUCUUCACCAGGUCAAAGGGAGGCUGGUGAUACGAGCCAUGAUCUGAGGAUUACGGGGAGCACGUCGUACACUCCAACAUUCGCAGAGAAACAAACAGCACAUCCCUGUAGUGUACACACACACGCACACA